UGCCUCUUUGGGCCGGAUCAGGAUCCGACUCCGUGUGGCCACUGUCAGUCUCGGACGGACACCGCAGUCUGCCAUAUUAGGACUUCCAGACUAAGCGCAUGAACGUUCUGCUACCAGUGCAGCGCUUUCGCUGGCAGCCGAACAACAUGCGAGACAACCACCGCACACCAUUACUACGCUCUCCCACAACUCCUCAUACACCGCACCAGGAUCCAUUAGGGCCCGCACAGCUUGCCGGACCAACAAGUGGGUCUCCUCCCCCUUUCCUCUCCUGCGCGUCGUGUGGCUCGCGGUUCACAGGCGUGAACUUGUGAAGGGAUCGUCCUUCGAAGGUCGGCCGGUGCGCGGUCCGAAUACUGUGAAAAUGAAAGACUGUGAAGGUGUUCCCUUUGCUCGACGCGGUUGCGCGAUUUAUGCGGUGCGCUGUGUC